CGAGGACCAGGAAGACGCCCGCAGAGCCGGGCUGCUGGUGCAGCUGUGGCUGAGGCAGUGGGUGCUGCUACCGCUGCAGCCUCCGGACGGUUCGCUUCCGAGCCUGCGCCUGGUCUCCAGGUGAGGAGGCGGGACGUGACAAGGCCGGGUCUGCGGAAGCGAGCGGUGCCUGCCGAGGCCGAGCGGGGACUCAGGCCGCGGCCUGUCAGAGCCAGACAGGGAGGCGCCCACACUCCUGACAGUGUAAGAUGGCGGCGAUGGCGCCUGGAGGUGGCGGCGGCGGCGUGAACCCUUUCCUCAGCGAUUCGGACGAGGACGAGGACGAGGUCUCGGCGACCGACGAGCGGCGGGCAGGACUUCGGCUGGGUGCCGGGGGCGGCCUAGAUCCGGGCUCUGCGGACUCGCUGUCGCCCCAGGACCCCGUGGCCUUGGGGAGCAGUGCCCGAGCGGGGCUCCCCGGGGAGGCGGCGGCGGCGGCCCUGGGGGGCCCCGGGGAGACCCCGGCCCGCCUGUCAAUUGAUGCGAUCGCGGCCCAGCUGCUGCGCGAUCAGUACCUGCUGACCGCCUUGGAGCUGCACACCGAGCUGUUAGAGAGCGGGCGCGAGCUCCCUCGGCUGCGCGACUACUUCUCCAACCCUGGCAACUUCGAGAGGCAGAGCGGGACCCCGCCGGGGACGGGGGCGCCGGGGGUCCCCGGGGCGACCGGCCUUGGAGGCGCAGGAGGUCGGGAGCCGAGUACGACGUCGGGUGGGGGACAGCUCAAUCGAGCUGGGAGCAUCAGUACCCUUGAUUCUUUAGACUUUGCAAGAUAUUCAGAUGAUGGUAACAGGGAAACAGAUGAGAGAGUGGCAGUCCUGGAGUUUGAACUACGGAAAGCCAAGGAGACCAUUCAGGCCCUCCGAGCCAACCUGACAAAGGCUGCAGAACAUGAAGUUCCUUUACAGGAACGAAAAAAUUAUAAAUCAAGUCCUGAAAUUCAGGAGCCAAUCAAACCUCUUGAAAAGAGAGCUCUAAACUUCUUAGUCAAUGAAUUUUUAUUGAAGAAUAACUACAAGCUGACAUCAAUAACGUUUUCAGAUGAAAAUGAUGAUCAGGAUUUUGAACUAUGGGAUGAUGUAGGAUUAAACAUUCCAAAACCUCCAGACUUACUGCAGCUCUACAGGGAUUUUGGAAAUCAUCAAGUAACUGGGAAAGACCUUGUGGACGUGGCCAGCGGUGUAGAAGAAGACGAAUUAGAGGCUCUGACACCAGUUUUAGGCAACCUUCCUUCAACCCUUGAAACUCCUCAGACUGUAGAGAACUCCUUGCUAGUACAGAAAUUAGAAGAUAAAAUUAGUUUAUUAAAUAGUGAGAAAUGGUCUUUGAUGGAACAAAUCAGAAGACUUGAAAGUGAAAUGGAUUUCCUCAAAAAUGAACACUUUGCCAGCCCUGUAGUUUGUGACUCUGUUCAGCCUUCUUUGGAUCAGUCUUCCCACAAAGACUCUGAAGACAGUGGAAAGAAUUCAAUUAUAAAUAGUUUGGACAAGGGAGAAAAUAAGGAUGUCCAUCUUUCAAAAUCAGAUGAAGUUGAUUCCAUUGUUCCUAAAGAGAAUUUCCCACAUUCUUUCCCCAGGAGAGAAAGAGAAGGAAUACCAUCUUCUUCUCCAUCAAGUAAAAACACAGUUCAUUUUGAUAAACCCAAUAGGAAGUUGUCUCCCGCUUUCCAUCAAGCACUACUGUCUUUCUGUCGAAUGUCAGCAGAUAGUCGUUUAGGAUCAGAGGUGUCUCGGAUCGCAGACAGUGAGACGAGCGUCAUGCUGAUGCUGGGCCGCUGCCUGCCGCACAUCGUCCCCAACGUGCUGUUGGCCAAGAGAGAGGAGUUGAUCCCCCUCAUAUUGUGUACAGCCUGCCUGCAUCCUGAGCCUAAGGAGAGAGACCAGCUUCUCCACAUACUUUUCAAUUUGAUCAAGAGGCCAGAUGAUGAGCAGAGGCAAAUGAUACUGACGGGCUGUGUGGCAUUUGCACGUCACGUUGGACCCACACGUGUUGAAGCUGAACUUUUACCACAGUGUUGGGAACAGAUUAAUCACAAAUACCCAGAAAGAAGAUUGCUUGUGGCAGAAUCUUGUGGAGCGCUGGCACCUUACCUUCCUAAAGAGAUCCGUAGCUCCUUGGUUCUUUCAAUGUUGCAACAAAUGUUAAUGGAAGAUAAGGCAGAUUUGGUAAGAGAAGCUGUGAUCAAAAGCCUUGGUAUCAUUAUGGGAUAUAUUGAUGACCCAGACAAAUAUCAGCAGGGUUUUGAACUGUUGCUGUCAGCCUUGGGUGAUCCCUCAGAAAGAGUCGUUAGUGCCACACAUCAAGUAUUUUUACCAGCCUAUGCCGCCUGGACUACAGAACUUGGAAAUUUACAGUCUCACCUUCUACCCACAUUGCUGAACAAGAUUGAAAAACUUCUCAGGGAAGGCGAGCACGGGCUGGAUGAACAUAAGCUCCACAUGUAUCUGUCUGCCUUGCAGUCCUUGAUCCCAUCUCUCUUUGCAUUAGUGCUACAGAACGCACCCUUCUCCAGCAAAGCCAAGCUUCAUGGUGACGUGCCACAGAUAGAAGCCCCGAGGACUGUAGCCCACCAGGCUCUUCCAUCCAUGGGACUUCCUGGGCAAGAUUACUGGAUGACGAGGUUCCCGCGGCCCGCGUCGCCCCUUCAGGACGUGUCGACGAUUGUCGGAGGCCGCGAGCGGCUGGCGCUGCUGCUGCAGCUCUAUGACCACCAGCUGGAACACGAGGGCACGACCGGCUGGGAGAGUUUACUGUGGGUUGUCAAUCAGUUGUUACCACAGCUUAUAGAAAUAGUUGGCAAAAUUAAUGUUACUUCAACUGCCUGUGUCCAUGAAUUCUCCAGAUUUUUCUGGCGCCUUUGCCGGACAUUUGGCAAAAUUUUUACAAACACUAAGGUAAAACCUCAGUUCCAGGAGAUUUUAAGGCUGUCUGAAGAAAAUAUUGAUUCCUCAGCAGGAAAUGGGGUCCUCACUAAAGCUACUGUCCCCAUUUACGCAACAGGAGUCCUUACAUGUUAUAUUCAGGAAGAAGACCGAAAGCUGUUGAUUGGAUUCUUAGAAGAUGUAAUGACCUUGCUUUCAUUAUCUCAUGCUCCUCUUGAUAGCCUGAAAGCUUCUUUUGUGGAACUGGGUGCAAAUCCAGCUUACCAUGAGUUACUGUUAACUGUUUUAUGGUAUGGUGUUGUCCACACAUCAGCACUCGUGAGGUGUACUGCUGCUAGAAUGUUUGAGCUGUUGGUGAAGGGGGUGAAUGAAACUCUGGUAGCUCAGAGGGUUGUUCCUGCUCUCAUAACUCUCUCCAGUGACCCUGAAAUCUCUGUCAGGAUUGCUACAAUUCCAGCCUUUGGCACGAUUAUGGAAACAGUUAUUCAAAGAGAGUUGCUGGAAAGAGUGAAAAUGCAGUUGGCUUCUUUCCUGGAAGACCCUCAAUAUCAAGACCAAUAUUCUCUGCAUACAGAGAUCAUAAAAACAUUUGGUAGAGUUGGGCCUAAUGCAGAACCAAGGUUCCGAGAUGAGUUUGUUAUACCGCAUCUGCAUAAGUUAGCCUUGGUGAACAACUUACAAAUUGUGGAUUCUAAAAGACUGGAUAUUGCCACCCAUCUCUUUGAAGCCUACAGUGCACUUUCCUGUUGCUUCAUUUCAGAGGAUUUAAUGGUUAAUCACUUUUUACCUGGUCUCAGAUGUUUACGAAUCGACAUGGAACAUCUUUCUCCAGAGCACGAAGUUAUUUUAACUUCCAUGAUAAAAGAAUGUGAACAAAAAGUAGAGAACAAGACCGUCCAAGAGCCUCAAGGCUCAAUGUCAAUUGCUGCAAGCUUAGUGAGUGAAGAUACGAAGACCAAGUUCUUGAACAAAAUGGGUCAGUUGACAACAUCAGGUGCCAUGCUGGCCAACGUGUUUCAGAGAAAGAAGUAAGAGCGGGAAGGAAGCCCCCAGUAAACACUAAGAUGGACCUCAAGCAGACUGGUUCCUUGUACUUGAAGUACUUGCCUUUUUUAUUUCUUUGUUCUUGCAUUAUAAUUUUAUCUUAACCUCCAAAGAUACUUGCACUGCUUUUGAUUAUUGCUGUAUAUCUGUUAAUUUUGGAGUUCCAACUGUGGUGAUUAAAAAAAAACUGAGUUGAUAGUCUGUACCAAGUCCCCCCUCUAUGUUCUUGUCUUUCAGAAUAUUUUUUUUAUAUAUUAUAUAUAUAUAUAGCGAAGAGGUUUUUUUUUUUAAUUUUUGGAUGGGAUAUUAGCAAAUACUUGUAUGAUACACUAAGCUAUUACAAUGGUACUUAAAAUAAUGUAAAUUUGAAGUCAUUGUUACAAAGUAAUGAAAACGGAGGCUGCUUAGGUAUUUAAGUUACGAAGGGAGGACGCAGACUCUGGGUCGUGUCUUAGCUGCUGACCGGGGAGAGCCACCAGCAUCACUCGUGCCUUUGGACUUGGGUGUGCGCGUCUGUGGGGCCGUGCGCCCCGCUCACACAGCCUUACAGUGCCGCGGUGAGUCUGGGUUGCCAGUCCUGCAGGCGACGGAUAACAAGGUAACUGUCAACACUUCAGCGCCCUCAUGAAUGCUCUUUAAGUGCUAUUUAAAUCUCCCCGUCACUUACAUGGAUACGAUGGACUUACCUGAGGAAAGAGAGCACAUGACGCGUGGCGGGUGGUAACCACGGUGAGUUUCACAAACUGGUGUGUAGUAGAUUUAAACACUCAAACUAAAUGUAAGUAAGAAGAGCUAAUAAUUGUGACUUUUUUUUCCCAAGUGGAAAUACAGAAGAAAGUAUGGUUCGGACCUAAAAGUUAAUGCUUAUUUACAUAAAACAUUCUAUUUAAGGUGAUAAAUUUUCUGAUGAAUUUUAAUUUCAGAGAUUAUCUUUUUACCCCCUGUGUUACAGAGAGGUACAGAAAAGUUCAGGACAUUUGGGGGCUGCUUUUUUCCCCUCUAGACAAAAAAUGACAUUGGCUUACUCACUAAUAGGUCACAGUCAUCACCUGUCUCUUCAAGUCCGUGACUGUUCUUGUGUUUGAUAUAUAUCACAUAGAGUCUUAAGUCAGUGUACAGUUCCACUGGAAUUUGACAAUUGUCUGUCAAGUAACGCAACUUGAAGUAGAAAAGAGUGAUCCUGGACAUAGAGGGAGGUGGUUGGUUUAAGGGUUUAAUGUGAGGCCUUUUUGAAAAAUGCCUAUUUUGGUAAAGAGAAUUCUCUUUUGAGCACAGCUGAUACACAUGGGUGAUUGUCAUGUCUGUUGUAUAAACUGGUUUUAAUACACUUGGAAUAUAGUUGGAUUACAUUCACUUCCUGGGCAAAGCUAGCUUACCACACAUUCAAGCUUAUAAAAAAUAAAUUGCCAUAGGCAGAGCCAUUUAAAAAGUUUAUUCUGAAAUUAUUUCUUUAACCUACAGUGAAAUAAUUGUUAGCUAGUCUUUAUGGAAACUGUUGGAUUCUAGGCAUUCCUGAGAAAUUGAAAGUGGCUUCCUUUCAUGUCAAAAAUGUUGAUCUAUUAUAAAUAAAAUGUUUUUGCAUACUUGUUUUGGUUUUGAUUUUGGCUAUGUGUAUUUAUUUUCAUUUUGAAACACUAUAUCCUCCAGCCAAGCAAACUGAAAUGAGAAACUGUAUAUUCACUUAAAUAUAUUUUAAUUUAGGAAUAUAAUCUCUAUAAAUUACCUCUUCUAGUUUACUUUUAUUUAAAAAGCAUUGUGUUGUAUAAAAUGAAAACAUUUCUGAGAUGAUUUAAAGAAAAAAUGUUUAAAUUCUCAUUUGCUUUGAACCAUAGUAACAUUAGUAUGUUUGUUACCUGGUGAAUAAAUAUAAUGUAUUUUUAAUGUGAUAGUUUUAUUAAUUUGUGAAUCCAUUUAUCCAAAUACUAACAGGUUUUCGUGAAAGGCACCAGCCAGCAAGAUAUGCAGUGUGUUUCGAGUCCCUCUUAUUAUGCUAUUAAACAUCUUAAUGUCAGUAA